AUGUUCUACCCGGACGGAAGCACGAAGGACUUUGCCGGCAACGCGUCAGCCUUUUUGUGUUGUCUCAGUAAGGGGAAGGACGAGGUGAGGACAAAAUUCACCUUAACCCUGCUGGACGGUCAAGGCAAUGCACAGGAAAUCAACAAGGAUUACGUAGCAGCGCACAUCUUUUCUCUGGAAGCUCCGAACAUGGGCUUCCCGAAAUUCGCCGAGAAAUCCAAGCUGAAAUCCUCAUCUCACCUCCUGACUAUACGGUGCGUUCUCACCGUGAUCAAGGAACCGCCCACGGAGUGCCGAAGAAAUCUCAUCGUAGUUCCACCGUCAAAGCUGCCCUGCAACAUCGAGCGCACCCUCAAGGACGGGAAGGGCGCAGACGUCACGCUGCUCGUGGGCGGCAGGGAGUUCAGUGCGCACAGGUUCAUGCUAGCCGCACAGUCGCCGGUUUUCGACGCACAGCUCUUUGGCCCGAUGAUGGACGAGGAGACGCGGUGCAUAGAGGUUAUCGACAUGGACCCGGCCAUCUUUGAGAUGCUUCUUCACUACAUCUACAUGGAUUCGCUGCCCCCGUGUGACGAGAAAGGUUGCGAUGCUGCUUCCAUGCAGCACUUGCUAGUCGCGGCAGAUCGGUACGGGCUGGAUAGGCUCAAGGUGAUGUGUGAAGAGGAGCUGUCGAAAAGCAUCAACGUCCACACCGUCACGAGUACAUUGGCGGUUGCGGAUCAGCACUUCUGCGAGGGGCUCAAGAAUGCUUGUGAGGAGUUUCUUUCGGCGCCGGGAAUAGGCGCCAUUGUGUCUUUAAGAAACGGGUUCAAACGCAUGAUGGCAAAGCUAGAAUCCAGGGGCAAGGAGGAGAGGUCUAGGGAGUGCCCAAGGAAUCUCGUCGUGGUUCCUCCGCCGGAGCUGUCCGGCCGCCUCGAGCGCACCCGUAAAGACGGGAAGGGCACCGACGUCACGUUCCUCGUGGGUGGCAGGGAGUUCAGCGGGCAUACGUUCAUGCUGGCUGCGCAAUCGCCGAUUUUCGAUGCUCAGUUCUUUGGCCCGAUGGCGGAUAAGGACACGCGGUGCAUAGAGGUUCCCGACAUGGAGCCUGCCAUCUUCGAGAUGCUUCUUCACUUCAUCUACACGGAUUCGCUGCCCCCAUGUAACGAGGAAGGUUACGAUGCUGCUACCAUGCAGCACUUGCUAGUCGCAGCACACCGGUAUAGGCUGGACAGGCUUAAGGUGAUGUGUGAGGAGAAGCUAUCCAAAAGCAUCAACGUGCAGACCGUUACAAGUACAUUGGCAGUUGCAGAUCAGCACUUCUGCGAGGGGCUCAAAGAUGCUUGUGUGGAGUUUCUUUCUGAGCCGAGAAUAGCGGCAAUUGUCUGGUUAAGAAACGGGUUCACACGCUGCAUGGCAAAGCUGGAAUCGGGGGACAAGGAGGUAUCUGCCGCGGGGACGAAGUAA